GCAUCUGUUGAAGCCUUUUUCCCGCACUCACUUCCCCGCCCGCGGAGGAAGAAAAAUCCAUCCAUCGCCCACCAACGUUGACCGCCGGUGUUCCCCUCUAGCUCCACACUCUCUCCUAGUCUAACAAUGUCCACAAAAACUCUCCUAAUGGGGUGUGCAGCAUCCGCCAUACUGCUCUCCUGCCGCACCCGGUUCGGCGCGAUCACCAUGUUUUUACUGCUAGCCUCCCUCGCCUUGACCUGCAACCUCCUCUACCGCCUCAUCCUCUGGCCCAAGCUCCUCUCCCCGACCCGGCACCUCCCUGGGCCUACCAGCGCCAGCUUCCUGAUGGGCAAUUUCCCCAUAAUCCAUGGGGUGCGAUCGGGGGCCCCGCAGGCCAACUGGAUGCGCACGAUCCCGAAUAGUGGGCUGCUACGGUACCUCGACCUCUUUAACAUCGAGCGGGUGCUCCCCACAACCGCGGAGGCGCUGAAGGAAGUGCUGCACACGAAGAGCUACUGCUUCAUCAAGCCGCCCAUUCUAACGAGCGACGUCGCCAAGAUUCUCGGAAGGACGGGCCUGCUGUUCGUGGAGGGUGAGGAGCACAAGAUGCAGAGGAAACUGCUGUUGCCGGCUUUCUCGCACGCGCAUAUUAAGGCACUGGUGCCCGGGUUCUGGUCCAAGGGGAUGGAAAUGACGGAGAAAGUGGCGGCGGUGGUGCGCGCUUCUAGGAGUUCUGGCGGGGAGGGGGAAGAGGGAGUGGUGGUGGAGAUGGGGAGAUGGUGCUCGUUGGCGACGCUGGACAUAAUUGGCUCUUGCGGCUUCGGCUAUGAAUUCCGUGCCCUGGAGAGUGCUUCCAUAAGCGGUAGCAGCGAUACGGAGGAAAAGUCCGGCUCCGAGUUAGCGAACGCAUACAAUACAAUCUUCAACAAGGGCAGUCCAUCCUGGAUCGCUGUGGUCCUAUCCACGAUAUUCCCCUCCAGCUUUGUGCAGUACCUCGCGCUAAAGCGAACACGCGAGGUGGCGCGUGCAGCGGGGACAAUAAGGCGCGUGACCGCGCGAAUUCUGGCCGCCAAGAAGUCCGCCCUGGCCACCUCCCCGAAGGAUUCUGAAUCCAAUGACAUCCUCUCCGUGAUGCUGAAAUCGGACACCUACACUGGCCCAGAAGGGGAGUCCAGCAUGCGCGACCAGAUGAUGACCUUCCUGGCUGCCGGGCACGAAACGACCGCUACCUCGAUGAUCUGGGCCAUAUACACCUUAUCCCUCCCGGAGAACAGACACAUCCAAUCCCGCCUCCGCGCCGAGAUACACGCCGCGUUCCCCUCCGGCGUCCCGGCCACCGUCACAUACGACCAGAUCGCAAACCUCAAGUACCUCUCCUACAUCACGUCCGAGGUGCUCCGCCUGCACCCUCCCGUGGGCGUGACUCUGCGCAUGGCGGGCGAGGACACGACCCUAAACGGGGAGUUCCUACCGAAGGGCACGUCCAUCGUGAUUUCCCCGUUCGCGAUAAACAGAAGCGUGGCGCUGUGGGGCGCCGACGCGGAGGAGUUCAAGCCCGAACGGUGGGCGGGUGGGGCGGACGGAGCGGCCGCCGUGGAAAGCAAUUACGGCUUCCUCACGUUCCUGGCGGGGCCUAGGGGGUGCAUCGGUCAUGUGUUUGCCAGGGCGGAGUUCAAGUGCCUGCUCGCGGCCGCGGUUGGCAGGUUCGAGUUUGGGCAGGAUGGGAAGAAAGAGCUGGUCGUCAAGGCGGGGGUCACGGCGAAGCCAGUGGGGGGUAUACCCGUUACGGUUAGGGAAGUCGUUUGGGGGUGAAUUUUUUUUUCUUUUCCAGUUUAUGCUAUCAUGAAUAUUGUUUAUUAUCAAAGGGAUGGAAGGAAGGAAGGAAGGCAGGAAGGGAGGAAGGAAUAUGUGCAAUCAUGUACAGUCACUCGACUCUGUCAUGUUAUCAUAUCUCAUCCUAUCAUUGGCGGUAAA